CAAAGAAGUUUCUUCUUCCCCUCCCUGGCAUCUUGUGGAAUUGGACACAAACUGGAAUAUAUUUCAGUAAUCCUCAUCAGGAGUCUUACAUCAGUGGAGAGAAGAGAGAGCUUCUGCAAAGCGCUGAGUCCCGGAGACAGACGAGGGCAGAGGGUACGCUGGAUGGGGGCCACAGCCGGGCCUGAUGGCAGGAGCCCAGAACGCAGUGAGCUCUAACCACGUCCUCUAGGGGGCUCUGAGGUGCUACAGUUCACGUGGAGACACUAAGAAGGUAGUGUGCCCAUGAGGUCGUCCAUGCUGGUCCUGCUCCUCUUCUUCAGCGCCCGGGCUGUGGUCUCCAUCGGAGGGGACUCGUGUACCACCACGACGGCACAGCAACAGCAUCCAGCUGACGACCCCCACUCCAUCCCCAUGGUGGACCCCAAACUCUUCACCAAGCGCCACUACCUCUCACCCAGGGUGCUCUUCAGCUCCCAGCCCCCCGAUGCAGAGCCGGCAGCGUCACAGGGUGCUCAGGGCAGAAGGCCCCGCAGGCGAGUGGGUCAGCCUCAGCACCGUGGGGUGUACUCGGUGUGUGAAAGCAUCAGCGUCUGGGUGGGCAACAGAACCAAGGCCAUAGACAUCUCAGGCAACGAGGUGACGGUGCUGCCGGACGUCAACAUCAACAAUGUCAACAAGAAGCAGUACUUCUUCGAGACCACGUGCCACAGCGCUCACUCAGGCAGCUCGGGCUGUUUGGGAAUCGAUGCGAGACACUGGAACUCCUACUGCACCAACUCACACACUUUUGUACGAGCGCUGACCUCCUCCAAAAACCUGGUGGCGUGGAGGCUCAUACGCAUCAACGUGGCCUGUGUGUGCGUGCUCAGCCGCAAGUCAUGGCGGCAGUGA